AUGCGAAGAUCAAAGGUACCGGCGAUCGAGGCUUUUGUCCAUUUUGAAAGGGCUUCCAUGAGAACGGAAGUGUGGUUCAACACGCUGCAGACAAUGAAAAUCCGAGAGAUAUCUAACGAGGUCCACGUUCUUCGCGUACUUGCAUCAUUGGUUCAAUCGACGGAUCAAACCGAAAACCAUUCCACUGAUGCAAGAAGACGAUCGAAAGAACCGAGACCAGCAUCAGGAGCUAGCGCGCCUUCCCCUACGCCAAGGUCAUUUUGCAGUGGCUCUCGGAAACGAAGAACGACAUCUACUUCAUCUUCGCGAAGUUUGAGCCGCCACUUUCGAUCAGACGACCAGGAUUCCGGGACAAACGCUGAAUCCGCAGAAGAACGAAUGGGCAAUCCAUCACCUCAAACGUUCACAAUAAGGGCCAAUACAGCACCCGGAGGCAGUGACGCGAAUUCCGAAGCCUUCCAUCAGCGCAUUCCACAGCAGACUCUCAGCCAACAACUCCAGUAUUUGCAACAACCCCGUUUCCAUCACACGUCCUUCAUCCAGCCAGAGUUCAUGAAACAGCAAAUUUUGGCACAGAGCAGCAGCAGCAGUGGCAGCAACGCAGAAACUCUCACGCAUUUCAUGGCAGUAGCCGCGGCUGUCAACUUUCAAAAUCAGCUCAGGUUCCGAAUGCAGCCAAACUUUUCCGUGAACCCAGAGGUGAAACAAGAACCGGCUUCUCCUUGAACACGAAAGAGUAGCAAAUAAUCCGAGAGCGUGAAAAGCUUUCUUCUCGUCGUUUUGUCUCAGCUCAACGUGAAGGGGCAGUCGCGAGAUAAAUUCAAUUGUUCAUCUGUGAUAGAUUCGUCAUUCUCCCGAAGAAACGAAAGAAAAAUCCAUAAAUUCCUGUCGUCCAGUUCAAUUCACCUGUCGAUAGUACAUCUCGAAAAAUCGUAUUAAUGUUGUGUGGUUUUUUUUUUUAGUUGAUUAUAGCUACAACGGAGGUCGGUAAAGAAAUCAAUGUGCAGCAAAUUCUCGCGGAUUUGUGAAUAUUGUCUUUCUAUGGACGUGAAAUACAAUUUUCGGACGAAAACA